CUGCCUGUCCCUGCCCUGUCCCUGCCUGUCCCUGCCUGUCCCUGCCCUGUCCCGCUCCAGCCUUUGCGCCCUCCUCAGACGCCGCCGGUGCCCGGUGUCCCAAGGGUGUCGCGGUGUCCCCAGGGUGUCCCGGAGCUGUCCCCCGUGCCUGGGGACAGCCGUGCAUGGAGGGGCCGCUGCCCUGGGGCCCCACAGCAGGGAUGUCGGAGACCCCCCCCAGCAAGGAUGCUGCCCCUGCCGAGUGCCCCGUGUGCUACGAGAGGCUGCAGCCGCUGGAGGCCACGCACCGCCGGCUCAGCUGCGGCCACACCUUCUGCCACGACUGCCUGGUGAAGUGCCUGCUGUCUGCCAAGCUGGACGGGCACCUGCAGAGCAGCAUCGUGUGCCCCGUGUGCCGCUUCGUCACCUUCCUCAGCAGGAGGAAGGCUGCGUGGCCGCCCCGGGGCGCGGAGCUGGAGGUGCCCCUGUCGCCAUCCUCGCUGUCGCGGCUGGCCAAGAGCGAGGCCAGCAACGCGCUGGUGGUGCCCGGCCACUUCGUGCUGCCCGAGCGCUGCCCGGCGGGGCUGCCACGGGAGGCCCACAUCUUCAUCAUCAGCGAGCACGGCGCGCCGCUGGCGGCCGCGCACGACUGCGGCCGGCCCGGGAGCACCUCGGGGUCCCCGUCCGAGGCGUCGGGCCCGGCGCUGGGGCUGCAGUGCUGCCAGUCGCCCAUGGCGCUGGCCGUGAUGCUCGUGCUGACCGUGGCCAUGCUGGCCGCCGUGCUGCCCUGGCUGCUGCUGGUCAGGAGGGACGUGUAGCACGGCUGGGACACCGCCGUGGUGUCACUGGGGACACGGCUGGGACACCAGGGUGGUGUCGCUGGGGACACGGCUGGGACACCAGGGUGGUGUCACUGGGGACACGGCCGGGCUGGGGACUCUCUCUGCGAGCUCAGAGGAAGCCCAGCAGCAGCUCGGGUGAAGAUCUCUCACCUGGCCAGGGACUGAGUGGAGUCUCAGACCUUCCUGCAGAGCUCCAGCUGCUCGCAGGGUCACUGCUGGUGAUUUCUGUGCCUUCUGGUUAAGACAUGGCAGGCAAAGCCUGCUGUGGCUCCUGCAGGGUCUGUGGAGAGGAUCCCCCUGCACCUUCUGGCAGCACCUGCAGGAUCCAUGGAGAGGAUCCCCCAGCACCCUCUGGCAGCACCUGCAGGAUCCGUGGAGAGGAUCCCCCAGCACCCUCUGGCAGCACCUGCAGGCUGAGGGGGCCGUGCUGCUCCUGCCCAGCCCUGGGCACAGCCAAGGGCUCAGGGCUGCCAGGCUGUGGGGCUCUGCAGGUCCCCAGGACAUCGGGAUCACCGUGAUGCAGCCAGCCUGGGGCAGAAACUCACAGCUUCCAGCCCGGGAUGGAAAACCAGAGCCUGCAGCUGGCAGGCACGAGGGCAGGGAUACCAGAGGAUGGAGAGAGCCGUGCUGGCCCUGUGGGCUCACCUUCCCCUCUGCCAGCCUCCCUGCAGGGCUGUGGGGUGGCAGGGGAGCCCAGCUCACCCCACGGGCAGUCCCAGCCGUGCCCUCUCUCUCUGAGCUCCCCAGGGUCGUGGCCAUCCUCCUGUUGUCACAGCUUCCCUCCAGCCAGGGGGACACAGGUACAGGGGUUGGGGUAAACCCAAGUUCUGGCCAUCACAGGGGGGCAGAUUUGGGAUCCCACACUGCUCUCCUUGUUAGAGCCCUGUGGCAGAGUGACAUUUCCUUGUCCCUGUGUCCCACUCCUGGUCUCACAACCUGGGCCUCAUUUUCACCUGUGCCAAACAGGCUGGGCACUGCUCAGCCCCAAAAUCCUCCUGGCUUUGCCCUCUUUGGGCCUGGUGCCACCUGAGGGGACCCCAGUGCCAGCCCCCAGCCCAGGGCAGUGGGCAGCAGGGGGCACAGCUGGGGCUUGGGAAGCUCCGAGCCUGCUCUCAGGGGAGGGGGAAUGGCUUUGCUGGACACCCCUGCUGCUGCUGGGGCCACUCAGGGCACUCGUCCCCAGCCCAGUCUGCACCUUCGUCACCUUUGUCCUCCUGACCCAGUCCCUGGCCUGUGGGUGCUGCUCUCACUCUGGGAGUGUGUCACUUCAUGGGCACCCCAGGGUGAGCAGGACAUCCUUCACUGUCCCCCCAACAUGAGCAGGACGUCCCUGCUGUCCCCCACGGGAGGUGGCAGUGUGGCUCAGGGCUGGCCCAGGGUUCCCAUGCUCUUGAGGGGCCAGCAGUGCCACCAGGGUGGCUUUGGGACCGGACAGGACUGUUCAGGGUAACGACAAGGUGGGGCUGGGGAGGGGGAGCAGUGUGGGGCAGGGGAGCUGAGUGUCCCCUGCCAUCCCUGGGGUCGCAGCUGGGGACACUGCCCUGCUGGCCUGCUGCUCCCUGUGAUGUUCCUGCACUGCCCCAGCCCUGUCCCAGUGUCCCCACCCAAACCCGGGGUGCCACGACCCCGACCCCGUGUGAGAGGUGCCUGAGACACCGCGCUGGAAUGGA